CUAGCAAGUUGUGCUACUUCAUAGUGGAACCAUUGCUGCAACGUAAUUGUUUAGCCCCAGAAACGACACGAUCAAACAGACUUAUGAUUUUCUUUUGAUGUCGUGGCUAAGCUGCAUUGGUUGCUUUCAGUCAAUACACGACACCAGUUCUAUAGCCAAGCUGUUACCGAAGUGACUACGAAACUGCGGUUAACAAUAAAUCUCUAAACAUGUCCAAAUAUUCCUUUUCUUUGUGUUGUUGCUUCUUCUCUCCUGGGUCCACCGUUACCAAUUCCAAUUCAAAGGAUCGAACUUCAGUGUUGUUAAUCGAAUUUAUCGACGAUAAACGAAAGCAAAAGAAGAUACUUGCUGACGUUGACAUUAAAAUAUUAUAUUCACACCAGAGGAGUCUGUAGCAUUUAUCAUCUUUUCAAGGCAAAGGAAUAUGUUAUACAGAAGAAAUAUAACCAUGCUUAUAUAAAUUUGGUGAAUUGUGGUGAAAGGUUUCUUCUGGGUGAAAAUAUUAGCAACAUUUGUGUAAUUCACUGUCUGGAAUAAGUACAAAUUAAUUUUAGAUUCUAAAUAGACUCUAGUUAAAUUGAAUUGAUACAGGACUUGGCUGCAUUUUCAGAUGUUGGUAAAGAUCAUGGUUGAUAGAAAUACAGCAGAAGGAAUUUUUGUUACAAAUACAUUAUAAAAAAAAAAAGGAAAAUGAGAAGCGUGUCCAUAUAUUCUGGUAAGAGAAGUAAAACUUUGGGUAAAUGAAUUAAAAGAUUGGUUUUUCUUUCAUUCUGAAGAGAUGGCAAAAGAUUUUGGAAAGUCUUCAUAUGAAUGUGAUAUCUGUGAAAAGUCAUUCACGACAAAGAGUUACCUAUCUGUUCACAAACGUCUUCAUACAGGAGAAAAACCAUAUCUCUGUGAAACUUGUGGUAAAACAUUCUCUCGGAAUGAUAAGUUAAAUAUUCACAAAUGCAUUAAGAGAAGAGAGAAGCAAUAUAAUUUUUCUUUUACUAAAGAGAUGACAAAAAUGUUAGAGAACUCAUCCUAUGAAUGCUGCAUCUGUAAAAAGACAUUCACUACAAAAGGCCAUCUUACUACUCACGUACGUAUUCAUACGGGAGAGAAACCAUAUCACUGUGAUAUCUGUGGUAAAGCGUUCUCUCGAACUGAUGAACUGACUACUCAUAAACGUGUUCAUACAGGAGAGAAACCAUAUGAAUGUGAUAUCUGUGGCCAAUCAUUCACUCGUAAAGAUAUUUUAACUACACACAGACGUAUUCACACAGGAGAGAAACCAUAUCAGUGUGAUAUGUGCAGUAAAUCAUUUGCUAAAAGUACCAACUUGACCGAUCACAAACGCAUUCAUACUGGAGAAAAACCAUAUCACUGUGAUUUCUGUGGGAGAUCAUUUAAUCAAAAUAACCAAUUAAUUAAACACAAACGCAUUCACACAGGAGAAAAGCCCUAUCACUGUGAUAUCUGUGGUGAGUCAUUCUCUCGAAAUGAUAAGUUAAAUGUUCACAAACGCUCUCAUACAGGAGAGAAACCAUAUCAGUGUGAUAUCUGUGGUAAAUCAUUCCCUCAAAAUAGCGGCUUGACUAGACACAAACGUAUUCAUACUGGAGAAAAGCCAUUUCAUUGUGAUAUUUGUGGUAAAUCAUUCCCUCGAAGUAACGCCUUAACUGCACACACACGUACUCAUACUGGAGAAAAACCAUAUCAUUGUGAUAUCUGUGGUAAAGCAUUUUCUCAAAGUCCUGCUGUAACUGUACACAAACGCAUUCAUACUGGGGAAAACCCAUAUCAAUGUGAUAUCUGUGGUAAAGCUUUUUCUCAAAGUCCUGCUGUAGUUGUACACAGACGUAUUCAUACUGGGGAGAAUCCAUAUUAUUGUGAUAUCUGUGACAAAUCAUUUCCUCAGAGAAAUUCCUUGAUUGAUCACAAACGUAUUCAUACUGAAGAAAAUCUAUUCCAUUGUUGAUAUCUGUGGUAAAGCAUUCAUUCGAAAAGGAACAUAAACAUUUGCUGGAGAAAACCCAUAUUGUGAUCAUCAUCAUCAUCAUCAUCAUCGUUUAACGUCCGCUUUCCAUGCUAGCAUGGGUUGGACGGUUCAACUGGGGUCUGGGAAGCCAGAAGGCUGCACCAUGCCCAGUCUGAUCAGGCAGUGUUUCUACAGCUGGAUGCCCUUCCUAAUGCCAACCACUCCGUGAGUGUAGUGGGUGCUUUGUGGGAAGUAAUUCUCUCAAAAUCAUCAGUUAAGUCAGCACAAAGGUAUUGGUACAUUAAAAGAAAAACCCCAAAAAGCAAAAAUUAUGCCACUAAUAUUUGUGUUAAUCCAUUCUCAACAACAUGUCUUAACCAUGAUGUGUAUUCUUACCUGAGAGAAAUCACUCAUGAAACUUAUGUUAACCAUUUCCACUGCAAAGUGUUUUAAUAAUGGUUUCAUAUUUUAUCACAGGGGCAGCAAUUUUGGGGGAAGGGAUGAGUCAAUUACAUCGACCCCCAAUGUUCAACUAUUACUUACCUUAUCAAACCCUAAAAGAUGAAAAGCAAAGUCAACUUCGGCAGAAUUUGAACUCAGAAUGUAGCAAUAAGUGAAUGGCAUGCUAACAAUUCUAUCAGGUUGCUGCCUUAGUUGACCCCAAAAUAAUCAGGAAUAAAUGAGCCAUAUAAUAUAGUAUUUUCUCAUACUUUCAUAAGACAUAAAUAUUCCUUAAAUAUAUAGAAAUAUACCUGGAUGUACAUACCCUAUGUACACUUUUUCUGGUACAUUAUGUUGAUUGUUUUCAAAUUUUUAUUGUUAUUCCGCCAAGGGACCAGUUUUGUUGUUGGUGACUUGUGUAAUUUUAUUUACGGUGUGGUCCCUUCUUAACUUUAUGCGGAAACUUUCAUGCUCAUUUGCAAGUGUCAUUGUGAUCUCAAACUCUACUUAGAUAGAAAAUGUGUGGACUGUGUAAUCUUUGAGUUAUCAUCAUCAACGUUUUUAUGUCGAUUGUCCAAUCCAUGCCAAUAUGGAAAACGGACAUGAAAUGAUUAUGCAGAUGUAAGCGCUGGAAUGUGUUGAAACCACAUUUUCUCAAACAUUUCGUCAUUUCAAUUGUAAAUUUCAAAUUCCAGAGUUCUGACUGCACCAAUCAUCAUCAUCAUCAUCAUUUAACGUCCACUUUCCAUGCUGGCAUGGGUUGGACGGUUUGACUGAGGACUCAGGUGAAUGCUGCUUCUUAUGUGCCACCAGCAUGGCUGCCAGUCAGGCUUGUGAAUAUUCAUAACAAUUUGAAAUUUAAAUAAAGUUGGUUUGCUCUUA